CAGUGUAGCAACUUGACAUGACUUUAUGAACCUGCUACAAUGUUGACAUUAUCCAUGUUUAAUAGGCAGUAAUUCUACUUUGGUUGCCAUUGUGGGUGCUGGGCGGACUCAGUCAUUGGACCUUUUGUAUGAGUGUUUUCAUUUGCUGCCUGGUUACAUCUGUUUAGUUGUCAGAAACUUUUCUUGUUUAUUUUGGACUUGCAUGUAAUACAGAAAGAAUGUGAACAACACACCAUCGAUAGCAGGAAGAGAUAAUAGCUUUAAACAGAUAUGCAGGUAUAGACCAUCUUUUUUCCAACAUACUCCACCAUGGCAGCCAGACAGGCAGUCCUGUUCUUGGUCAUAAUUAUCUGCUUAGUGGAUUUCACCAGCAGUUUCCGACCAAUCUUCUCUCAAAAUUCUAUCACUCACUUUAACAUUACACUAACUGCAAUCCUCCGAAAGACGGCUGAAGUCUGCCGCGACCUCGCUGCCUCUGAGGGACGAAACUUCAGUCUGAAUAUCGAUAACAGUUUGUCAGCUGAAACAGUGCAAAAGGCCUGCUUUUCUCAAGAUUCCUCCACAUCUCCCAUCUCCUUUUCCAACUUCCAAGCUUCCAUUUUUUCAAUAAUCUUCAGCAAUGCAGUAGUGGACCUUGAUUUUGACCAAAGUGCAGCACAUCAUUUUCAUAACGAAGCCUUUCAGGAAGGCCGGGAUAUCAUCACACAAUUUGUUGCUGCUGUGAAGAACUGUACAAAUGAAAAGAAUUACGUUUGUGGGAGGCAGAAUUUAGGACAGGCCUUGCACACCUUACAGGACUUUUACAGCCACAGUAACUGGGUGGAGCUUGAAAACAAUGUUCCGUACAGUGCACUAAUAAAACCAGAGCAACCGCUGACAAGCCUGACAGGACCAAGUACUCCAACAUGUAGAAACUGUACAGGUGAGAACUGCACCGACAACCUCCUACCUGACGUGCUACUGCAGCGUCUUCUCACCUCAGGUUACUUCAGCAGCUACUCCUCAGCAAAACCUCGGGAUAAAUGCAGUCAUGGAGGACCAUUUGAUCGUACAAGCAAGGAGGAUCCAGUAGGGGGCAUCAGUAAGGAUGAGAAUGGAUCCAGCCAUGGUUUUCAUCAUGCAAAAGCAGCUGCUCUGGCUUUGAAUGCUUCCAUGGAGCUACUGGAGGACAUAAGAUCACAUGUAGGAAACGCAAAGACCUUUCUGCGAUUAAUGGGCCUUGGGCCACAGGGAAAUGUGUUGUGUUUAGUCAUUGACACCACAGGCAGUAUGAGUGACGACAUCUUUGAAGCUCAACUGGUUACUAAAGACAUCAUUGACAGCAGGAGAGGAACCCAGCAGGAACCCUCUGCUUACAUACUGGUACCUUUCAAUGACCCAGGUUUUGGGCCUGUGACUAGUACAACAGAUCCAGAUAUCUUCAAGGCCAGACUGAGUGAACUGACUGCAAAUGGAGGAGGAGACAACCCAGAGAUGGCUUUUUCUGGACUGCUGCUUGCUCUGGUAGCAGCUCCACCUUCCUCUGAGAUCUUUGUCUUCACCGAUGCUCCACCUAAAGAUUCACAACUAAAAAACACCAUCAGUGCUCUCAUAGAGAGUAAAAAGUCCACGGUCACGUUUUUAUUGACAGGAUUUUCUUCCGGACGACGGCGGCGGCAUGUGUUUCCACGUUCGCUGACUCAAACAGAUGUCCAGCUGUACCAAGAGCUGGCCGAAGCAUCAGGAGGUCAGGCCAUUGUGGUCCCUAAGUUUGAUCUCUAUAAGGUUAUAGAUGUUGUAAAGGAUUCAUCAACCAGCGCUGUGGUGACAGUUUUCCAGGUGGUCAGGGAUAAUCCUGAUACGUUCACAUUUACUGUUGAUAGUUCAUUAAAAAAAAUGACUGCUUAUAUCACAGGAAACUCGUCUCUUACCUUCAGUGUCACCAGCUCCACAGGUGUAUCUCAGAGUUCCAGCCAGUCCAGCGGCCCUUUGGGCUCCUUCACAAUAGGGGGAAAUUUUAACCGUUUAGAUCUGAACACAGAAAAUCAAGCAGGAUUGUGGAAAAUCAACGUUACCUCAAAUGGCCGCUAUUCCGUUAGGGUCACAGGUCAAAGUUCUUUGAACUUUAUGUAUGAACGUGUAGAAAGACAGAUCGGAAUUCAUGGGGACUUUUUUCCAGUGAAUGGACGUCCCCUCAUUGGUAGUAACGCCAGCUUCUUGAUCUUUGUGACAGGAAGUGAUUUAACAAGGGUCACCGAAGUCACUCUAAUUGACAACUCAGGGUCAAUAAAGGUCAAUGGCUCAUCACAGUCACUUGGAAAUAACAUCCAUCUGGCAACAUUUACUGGGAUACCUGAAGGUAAAUUUGUACUUCUUCUGAAAGGAGAGAACAGCAGCUCUCUUACUAGGUCUGCACCAAGCAGCUUCCAGAGACAGGGUGCCACACAGAUUGAGACCUCUAACAUUAUUGUCACGAUCAAACCCGAUUUUACCAUUACAGAACCUGGAUCCAAUGUCACCAUCCCUUUCACAGUUUCUAUAAAUGCUAAUGGAACUGUUAAUGACUCUGCGAGUGGGACGUUCACUAUUCAAGCCAACAAUGCCAUGAAUGAUCGUAUCUAUGAUUCCACUUCACCAAAAACUGUCACCAUUGAAGCAGGCAGUCGAGGUACAGCUAACGGCACUGUGACCGUAGCAGUUCCAGCCAGCACUGCAUUAGGAACAGAUAUAACCCUCACUAUUCAAGCAAAGAAUGAAGCUUCUGCUGACAUCAACUUCUCUGUCCGUAGCUUUUCUGUGGCUUCCAGGGUAACUACAACUACCACAACACCAGCCCCCACAACUACAACUACCACAACACCAGCAUCCACAACUACAACAACUACAACACCAGCAUCCACAACUACAACAACCACAACACCAGUCCCCACAGCUACAACUACCACAACACCAGUCCCCACAGCUACAACUACCACAACACCAGUCCCCACAGCUACAACUACCACAACACCAGUCCCCACAGCUACAACUACCACAACACCAGUCCCCACAGCUACAACUACCACAACACCAGUCCCCACAGCUACAACUACCACAACACCAGUCCCCACAGCUACAACUACCACAACACCAGUCCCCACAGCUACAACUACCACAACACCAGCCCCCACAACUACAACUACAGUCACCCCUACAUCAGCCGCCAUGACUAUAGCUGUAACCAUCAACACCCGUGCAGAAGCAACAGAAUGCUUUUCAGGAGAUGAAAGGAAAAGGACACAGCCACACAACUGCCCACCUCAUUAUAAUUUUCAUUAUUUCAGUGCCUAUUACCGUCACUAUUUUACUUCUUGCAGGCUACCUAUAGUGCUUUCAUUUAGUGCUAUAUUUUUAUCAACUCUGUAAUUUGGAGUCAAUUAACCCAUUAAUUUUGUGAGUUUGGUGGAACCAUAGUCUGGGAAUUACUCUUCCUUUACCUUGCUGGAGAUCAUGGGAUUUAAAGAAAUUACUGAAAGAAAUUUGUUAGGAUGGCCUUGCUUGCAGCAAAAGAACCUAACCACACUUAAACUAAGCUGUGCAUCAUUGAAACUACAAGUUUUGUAAAUAUUCUACCACAGUCUGCUCUCACUCACCCCACUGUUCUCAUAUUUAUCUACACAAAUCCUUAGUACAACUAGACAAAAUAAUCCAGAAUUGCUUUGAAAGUUGCAACCUCAAGGACUUGUGGGGCAGAAUUAUCUUCUCUCUGUUCACACAGGAUGGUGCAGCCACGUCUUCUUCUUCAAAAAAGAUUUUAGAUGACGAAGUAAGAAAUCUCAUUCUUAAAUGUGAAUUCAUGUUAAACCUACAAGCCUCCUUUAAGAUUUUGGUCCAAUUUUUUUUUUUUUUUUUUUUUUUUUGCAGAGGUGCUCUUCUGCACCUCUGCAACGUGGUGCCACCUGUGAACAUUUACGUCUGUCUGGUUUUUUUUUCGUUUUCUUCUUCUCCUUGGAGGGUGGCGUGGCUCAGCAAGGCAGAGCGGUCGUCUUGUAACCUGAGGGUUGCCGGUUCGAUCCUCGGCCAAUUC